AUAUCCUAUAUGAUAUAUACACAUAUAUAAAUAUAUCUCUACUUGCUGGAAAUAUGAUCUGGUAAUCUACAACGCUCUCAUGAUAUAUUUCUGACACGCGGACUACACGCGAGGGUGUUUAAUUCAAUGUAAAAUUAAAAUCAUUCCCCCAACACCCUCAGCAUGCUCAGGAACCUUAUCAUCGCCCUUCCAUCGUCGUUCAGUAUGAGUCUCUCUCUCUCUCUCUCUCUCUCUCUCUCUCUCUGUCUAUCUAUCUAUCUAUCUUCUGAAGAUACGCAGGAAAUGGGGUGUUUAAUGUUAGGUGGCCGAGUCUGACCCCUUGGUUCUACACGUUGUCGAUAGAGAGUCCAAGAGGAGCGACAAAAUGGUUCAAGAGAGUAAGGGAGAGAGAGAGAGAGACAGAAAGAGAGAGAGAGAAAGAGAAAGAGAUAAUGUUUGAUUUGUUGAUUGAUUGCCGGUAUCAAACGUGUUUUGAAUUAUAUAUUUGUAAACAUUUAUUUGGAAUCAUUUACAACUGUCUCUUUGAUUUAUAUAUUCUUAUUUCUAAAAUAGCAUUGAGUAAUAAAGAGUUCUAUAAAAAUUUUGCAAAUAUAUAUUUCUAAUGGAAUCUUAUCGCGGUUUUAAUAUCGUGAUUGGAAUCAAUGAUUUUAUUGAUUAUGUAUACGAUAUAAAUUGUUUUCUAUGUUAGUUUAUAUGUAGAGGUUAUGAUAGUGUGAAUUAAUAAGAGUAAAGUCCGCAAGUCCCCUUUAUGUGAUAUACCUCUGACGUUACCAUUGUGUGAUAUUCUUUUUGUCAUAUAUUAGUAUUAGAUCAUCGAUGCUCUUACCAGUUUAAUAUGUAAAUAUCCAAGCUAUAGUAUCUAUAAAGGAAGAUAAUCUAUUACGAUUUAAAUUUUUGCUUCUAACAAAAAAAAUGGAGAUACAAAAAAGAACUGCUAAAAGAAGAUCUUUCAGGAGUAUCAUGCAUCGCAUACCAGAACGUAUAUCGGAAAGAGUAGAGCGGUUUUUUUAUAUUUUAGGAUCAAGAAUAGCUCUACGACCACAGAGAUGGUUAAUAGGAAGCGUUAUGAUUAUCUUAUUUUGUCUUGGUGGAUUAUAUUGGUUUCGACAAGAGAAAAGUCCAUUAAAACUUUGGAUUCCUCCUAACUCUGAUUUUGUACAUGACACAGAAUGGUUUUUAUCUAAUUUCGGAGAAGGACAAAGAGUACAGAAUAUAAUUUUGACAGGAGACGAUGUUCUGCAGCCAGAAAUACUCGUCAAGUUGAAUGAAAUUACAAAACAAGUGAUAUUGAUCGAAGUUCCUGCUAAACGUACAUUCAUUUCAUGGACAGAUGUGUGCUUAAAAGUACCUUCUAUAACAUCUCAUAUUCGAAAGACAAGGAGUACAGAUCCUUUGGAAGAUGACUUUUUUGAAGAAGAACCUGCGGUAAAAUUAAAUGAAACAGAAUUCGAACCAGCGGUUCACGCAGAUACUAAAUUAUAUUGUAGUAUAUAUGAAAGUUUACCAAGAGCUUGUUUUGUACAUAGUAUUCUUGAUAUUUGGGAAUAUGACAGCGAUCAGAUCGAGAAACAAACCAAACAAGAUAUCAUUACGAAGAUAAAUACUAUUAAAGUCAGUCCUACGCUUGGUCAUCCUAUGAAUUUCACUGAUCUCUUAGGCGAAAUUACGAGAGACGAAAAUGGCAGAAUCGUGUCAGCCAAAGCAAUCAAAACACAGUUCAUGGUGCGCGUGAAUUUUUCCAAUAUAGACAUGGAUACAUUUGGAAAUGAUGCUGGAACAGCUGAUUGGGCAACAGAAGAAGCAUUGAAAUGGGAAUUGGGAUUUCUGCGUACUUUAGAAGAAGCUUCCACAGAAUUGAAAAAUUGGAACAAGGAUAAUUAUCCGAAUGAAACAUUGGGAUUAUUUUACGAAGCAGGUAGAAGUUUUGGAGACAUCAGUUCGUCGACCUUGUUUCAAGAUAUAGACAAACUAGCGAUAGGAAUAUUGUUGAUGUUUUUUUACGUUCAAUUCAUUCUUUCUAAUUUCAACUGGGUAGAAUGGAGGUUUUGUCUAACCGCAACUGGAUUACUUUGCGUUGGUGGUGCCUUCAUAAUAUCCAUAGGUAUAUGUUCCGUAAUUGGAAUUCCUUACGGUCCAGUACAUACGUCCUUACCAUUUAUGCUACUGGGCCUUGGAGUAGACGAUUUAUUCGUAAUGAUGGCGUCUUGGGAGCAAAUACAUUCGUUCGAAGAAAACAGAAAAAAAAUAUUACAUGAAAGGAUAGGUCUUACGUUGGGUCACGCGGGUUCUGCCAUUUGCAUAACAUCGUUUACCGAUGUCGUCGCAUUUAUUAUCGGUGCGUCGACGAUAUUACCGUCCCUUCAAUCAUUUUGCAUCUACGCAGCGGUCGGAGUUCUCGUAACGUUUUUAUUGCAAAUUACAUUUUUCGUUGCUUUUUUUACCUUGGAUGCAAAACGAAUCGAAGAAAAAAGGAACGGUAUAAUACCGUGUAUUGUUCAUGAAAAUCAUGUUACGAAAAUUGUCGAUCCCAACAAAGCAUUAUCCACGAAAUUAAUAGAUCGUUUGUAUUCAAAGGUCGUUUUAACUUUACCCGGCAAAUUUAUUAUAAUAUUGAUCACGAUAAUAACAGCAUCAGCGGGUUCUGUUGGUUCGUAUCGAUUGGAACAAUGGUUUGAUCCAAUAUGGUUUUUACCAAAGGGUACACAUUUGAACGAUUAUAUUGCCGCGAGGCAUCAAUAUUUUUCGCAAAAGGGUCACAGUGCUUACGUAUUUAUCGGUAACAUCGAUUAUCCAUCUGAAUUCUCUAAGAUAAUGACGCUAACGUCUAACUUGAAGAAUUUAUCAUCAGUAGAGAAAAUCGAAUCUUGGCCAGAUCAUUUUGCAAAUUUCGUUAAGAAAUUUUAUCAAGCAGAUUUAACGAAGGACGAUAUAAAACAGGAAGAUUUUCAACGAUAUUUAUCGAAAUUUCUCUUCAGUCGAGCGGGUGGAAAAUAUCAAAUGAAUUUUCGUUUCAACGGAAAACUCAAAUGUGGGGAGAACGCGCCACCAAUUUUAAUCGCUACUAUAGAAUUUUUCUUUAGAAAAUUUUCCGGCCCACACGAAUGGAUCCCAGCGAUGGAUGAUACUAAAAAAAUAGCAAGAGAAACUGGAAUCGAUGGAUUCGUUACGAUUUGGAGUAAAAUGUUUAGCACAUGGGUGACCGAUAAAUUAAUCGCGCAGGAAGUCCUACGGAAUAUUAUUUUAGCUCUAAUAUGUGUAAUGGCUACUACAGCGAUAUUGAUAGCAGAACCACAAACAUGUUUUUGGAUUUUGUUGUGCGUACUUUUAACGCUACUCAAUGUAUGUGGAUUCAUGUAUUUUUGGGGUUUGACGAUCGACAUAGUCUCUUGCAUAGGUCUCGAGUUAGCGGUUGGUUUGAGCGUAGAUUAUGCGGCACACAUAGCACAUGCUUUUCUAAAUGCAUCGUCACAGGAAAAGAAAAAGGAUCAAGAUCGUAAGAUAAGAGCAUUGAUCGCAGUUAAACACAUCGGAGCUGCUGUAGCCUAUGGUGCAGGAUCAACUUUGUUAGCACUCUCGAUGUUGGCUUUUUCGGACGCCUAUGUGUUUCGUGCAUUUUUCAAAAUAUUCUUCUUGGUAAUAUUAUUUGGUCUUUGGCACGGUUUAUUUCUCUUACCCGUUGUAUUGAGUACAGUUGGUCCACGGAGUCUUCGACGUAAUAACGAACGACCAUCGCGCGAUUUUGAUAAUUUAACGACGGCAACAACGGACGAAGAAGUAGAUAAACCGUUGAACAAGGAAACGGAAAAUUGAAAUUAUAUGUACUUUAUCUCAUCUAUUGAGAUUUGAUUUUUGUGGGCGUGGGCGUGGGCGUGGGCGGGCGUGUAUGCGCGUUUUCACAAAGAUUAAAGAACGAAAAAAAGAAAAUCGAAAGCUCUCGCUCUGCGCCAUUUUUUUUUUUCUUUAUCAAUAAUAUUUAUUUUUGGUUCAAUAAACAUACAAAAUUAUUACACUAUUCGUACUAUUAAUCACACAUUUAUACAAAAAUAAUAAUAAUAAUAAUAAUAAUAAUAAUAAUAAUAAAAAUAAUAAUUAAUAAUAAUAAUAAAAGUCGGAUAACUUAAAAACGGCAUUAUUUAUAAUAUAUUUAUAUAAUAUAUUAAGAUAUUAAUAAAAAAACAAGUACAAAAUAAUAUUGUAGCAAGGAUUGAUAUAGAGAUUUAUUAUUUUUAAUAAUUAUCGAUCGGAAAAGGAACAUGACUAUUAUAAACGUAACGUAAUCUCGUGUUCUUCUUGUUGGAUGCGUUCUUUUCUUUUCGUUUCUUUUCCUUUCCUUUCCUUUCCUUUCCUUUCUUUCUUUCUUUCUUUUUUUUUCUUCCUCUUGCUUUUCUCAAUAUGUAUAAUCGUAAUUAAUGUUUAUGACGUAAAAAUGAGCGACGAGGGAGCGGACCAUGGAUGCGAUCAUUGUCCUCCCUCCGCUGUCUCUCUCAGUCUUGCACAGUCUAAAAACAUUCGUACGAUUCUCUUUCAUCAUUUUUCUAUAUCCUAUUCUAUUCUCUAUCUCUUUC